AUGGAUGCUGUGGGUGGGACACUGGGAUGUAGCAUAAGCCCAGGAGUUAGUAAGACAGAGAGCGGGGGAUGGGGUUGCCGAGAGAAAGGGCGAGAGGGUGCGGAGGAAGUAAGGGCAGCAGGUAAAGGCAGCAGGUGCGGGGCAGCAGGUGCGGGGCAGCAGGUGCGGGGCAGCAGGUGCGGGUGCGGGGCAGCAGGUGCGGGGCAGCAGGUGCGUGAAGGGGCUGACCUCAUAGAGAUGAGCGAGGCGCAGCAGCAGGUGGUUGGGGGAGAGCUCCUGCAUGGAGAUGACCGCCACGUUGGGUGGCAGCGAUUAUUGAGGCGCCUCAAAAAUCACCUCAAUGCGCGCGGUUACCUCAUAGAGAUGAGCGAGGCGCAGCAGCAGGUGGUUGGGGGAGAGCUCCUGCAUGGAGAUGACCGCCACGUUGGGUGGCAGCGAUUAUUGAGGCGCCUCAAAAAUCACCUCAAUGCGCGCGGUUACCUCAUAGAGAUGAGCGAGGCGCAGCAGCAGGUGGUUGGGGGAGAGCUCCUGCAUGGAGAUGACCGCCACGUUGGGUGGCAGCGAUUAUUGAGGCGCCUCAAAAAUCACCUCAAUGCGCGCGGUUACCUCAUAGAGAUGAGCGAGGCGCAGCAGCAGGUGGUUGGGGGAGAGCUCCUGCAUGGAGAUGACCGCCACGUUGGGUGGCAGCGAUUAUUGAGGCGCCUCAAAAAUCACCUCAAUGCGCGCGGUUACCUCAUAGAGAUGAGCGAGGCGCAGCAGCAGGUGGUUGGGGGAGAGCUCCUGCAUGGAGAUGACCGCCACGUUGGGUGGCAGCGAUUAUUGAGGCGCCUCAAAAAUCACCUCAAUGCGCGCGGUUACCUCAUAGAGAUGAGCGAGGCGCAGCAGCAGGUGGUUGGGGGAGAGCUCCUGCAUGGAGAUGACCGCCACGUUGGGUGGCAGCGAUUAUUGAGGCGCCUCAAAAAUCACCUCAAUGCGCGCGGUUACCUCAUAGAGAUGAGCGAGGCGCAGCAGCAGGUGGUUGGGGGAGAGCUCCUGCAUGGAGAUGACCGCCACGUUGGGUGGCAGCGAUUAUUGAGGCGCCUCAAAAAUCACCUCAAUGCGCGCGGUUACCUCAUAGAGAUGAGCGAGGCGCAGCAGCAGGUGGUUGGGGGAGAGCUCCUGCAUGGAGAUGACCGCCACGUUGGGUGGCAGCGAUUAUUGAGGCGCCUCAAAAAUCACCUCAAUGCGCGCGGUUACCUCAUAGAGAUGAGCGAGGCGCAGCAGCAGGUGGUUGGGGGAGAGCUCCUGCAUGGAGAUGACCGCCACGUUGGGUGGCAGCGAUUAUUGAGGCGCCUCAAAAAUCACCUCAAUGCGCGCGGUUACCUCAUAGAGAUGAGCGAGGCGCAGCAGCAGGUGGUUGGGGGAGAGCUCCUGCAUGGAGAUGACCGCCACGUUGGGUGGCAGCGAUUAUUGAGGCGCCUCAAAAAUCACCUCAAUGCGCGCGGUUACCUCAUAGAGAUGAGCGAGGCGCAGCAGCAGGUGGUUGGGGGAGAGCUCCUGCAUGGAGAUGACCGCCACGUUGGGCGGCAGCGAUUAUUGAGGCGCCUCAAAAAUCACCUCAAUGCGCGCGGUUACCUCAUAGAGAUGAGCGAGGCGCAGCAGCAGGUGGUUGGGGGAGAGCUCCUGCAUGGAGAUGACCGCCACGUUGGGUGGCAGCGAUUAUUGAGGCGCCUCAAAAAUCACCUCAAUGCGCGCGGUUACCUCAUAGAGAUGAGCGAGGCGCAGCAGCAGGUGGUUGGGGGAGAGCUCCUGCAUGGAGAUGACCGCCACGUUGGGUGGCAGCGAUUAUUGAGGCGCCUCAAAAAUCACCUCAAUGCGCGCGGUUACCUCAUAGAGAUGAGCGAGGCGCAGCAGCAGGUGGUUGGGGGAGAGCUCCUGCAUGGAGAUGACCGCCUCGUUGGGUGGCAGCGAUUAUUGAGGCGCCUCAAAAAUCACCUCAAUGCGCGCGGUUACCUCAUAGAGAUGAGCGAGGCGCAGCAGCAGGUGGUUGGGGGAGAGCUCCUGCAUGGAGAUGACCGCCACGUUGGGUGGCAGCGAUUAUUGAGGCGCCUCAAAAAUCACCUCAAUGCGCGCGGUUACCUCAUAGAGAUGAGCGAGGCGCAGCAGCAGGUGGUUGGGGGAGAGCUCCUGCAUGGAGAUGACCGCCACGUUGGGUGGCAGCGAUUAUUGAGGCGCCUCAAAAAUCACCUCAAUGCGCGCGGUUACCUCAUAGAGAUGAGCGAGGCGCAGCAGCAGGUGGUUGGGGGAGAGCUCCUGCAUGGAGAUGACCGCCACGUUGGGCGGCAGCGAUUAUUGAGGCGCCUCAAAAAUCACCUCAAUGCGCGCGGUUACCUCAUAGAGAUGAGCGAGGCGCAGCAGCAGGUGGUUGGGGGAGAGCUCCUGCAUGGAGAUGACCGCCACGUUGGGCGGCAGCGAUUAUUGAGGCGCCUCAAAAAUCACCUCAAUGCGCGCGGUUACCUCAUAGAGAUGAGCGAGGCGCAGCAGCAGGUGGUUGGGGGAGAGCUCCUGCAUGGAGAUGACCGCCACGUUGGGUGGCAGCGAUUAUUGAGGCGCCUCAAAAAUCACCUCAAUGCGCGCGGUUACCUCAUAGAGAUGAGCGAGGCGCAGCAGCAGGUGGUUGGGGGAGAGCUCCUGCAUGGAGAUGACCGCCACGUUGGGCGGCAGCGAUUAUUGAGGCGCCUCAAAAAUCACCUCAAUGCGCGCGGUUACCUCAUAGAGAUGAGCGAGGCGCAGCAGCAGGUGGUUGGGGGAGAGCUCCUGCAUGGAGAUGACCGCCACGUUGGGAGGCAGCGAUUAUUGAGGCGCCUCAAAAAUCACCUCAAUGCGCGCGGUUACCUCAUAGAGAUGAGCGAGGCGCAGCAGCAGGUGGUUGGGGGAGAGCUCCUGCAUGGAGAUGACCGCCACGUUGGGCGGCAGCGAUUAUUGAGGCGCCUCAAAAAUCACCUCAAUGCGCGCGGUUACCUCAUAGAGAUGAGCGAGGCGCAGCAGCAGGUGGUUGGGGGAGAGCUCCUGCAUGGAGAUGACCGCCACGUUGGGCGGCAGCGAUUAUUGAGGCGCCUCAAAAAUCACCUCAAUGCGCGCGGUUACCUCAAAGAGAUGAGCGAGGCGCAGCAGCAGGUGGUUGGGGGAGAGCUCCUGCAUGGAGAUGACCGCCACGUUGGGAGGCAGCGAUUAUUGAGGCGCCUCAAAAAUCACCUCAAUGCGCGCGGUUACCUCAUAGAGAUGAGCGAGGCGCAGCAGCAGGUGGUUGGGGGAGAGCUCCUGCAUGGAGAUGACCGCCACGUUGGGCGGCAGCGAUUAUUGAGGCGCCUCAAAAAUCACCUCAAUGCGCGCGGUUACCUCAUAGAGAUGAGCGAGGCGCAGCAGCAGGUGGUUGGGGGAGAGCUCCUGCAUGGAGAUGACCGCCACGUUGGGCGGCAGCGAUUAUUGAGGCGCCUCAAAAAUCACCUCAAUGCGCGCGGUUACCUCAUAGAGAUGAGCGAGGCGCAGCAGCAGGUGGUUGGGGGAGAGCUCCUGCAUGGAGAUGACCGCCACGUUGGGCGGCAGCGAUUAUUGAGGCGCCUCAAAAAUCACCUCAAUGCGCGCGGUUACCUCAUAGAGAUGAGCGAGGCGCAGCAGCAGGUGGUUGGGGGAGAGCUCCUGCAUGGAGAUGACCGCCACGUUGGGCGGCAGCGAUUAUUGAGGCGCCUCAAAAAUCACCUCAAUGCGCGCGGUUACCUCAUAGAGAUGAGCGAGGCGCAGCAGCAGGUGGUUGGGGGAGAGCUCCUGCAUGGAGAUGACCGCCACGUUGGGCAGCAGCGAGUACAGCCCGCCCGCCUGCACGUCGCCCUCCCCGCCCUCCCCACUCAGCGAGUACCGCCACCUCAGCUUCCCCGCUGCAGCUGCCAGCGCCUCCGUGCUCUGCACGGGGUGUUGGGGUGUGGGCGCGGGGGCGUCAGUGCAUGGGGGUGA